AUGCUUGGUCGAUUGGGCCUCCGACUGGCCGUGGCGGGCAUCACUUGGACGUUGCUAGCACCGAGGUCGUUUGUCCUGCGUGGCAGCCGUGCCCAGACACGGCGCCACACCGCCCGCAUGGCCGAGUUUGGAGGUGGUGAAUCAGGGCCUCGGAUGGCCAAAGAUGCGGCUUAUGCUGAAGCAGUGCAGGCUGCUUGGCAAGCCGAUCCUGCUUUGAAGGGAGCUGGGCCCUUCUCGGUGGAACCCUUGCUCUACCAAGACGAGGCGGGCCGUGCUCGGCUCCAUGGACGAGUCGUCCGAGCACGGAGCGGUUCCAAUGGAGCAGGUGUGGUGGUGAUCCACACAGCUGUUGGGCCUAGAGACUUGUACUUGCAUUGGCGAGCUGAAGUCUUGGCGGCCCAGGGCUACACGGUUCUCAUUGCAGAUUUGCUGGGUGAUGAGCACGGAGAUGGUUGGGAGCCAGAGUGGAACAGCCGGGCCCGGCAGCCGCUGGACGAUCGGGCCUUAAGUCGCAAGAGGAUGAGAGCCUCAGUUGAAGCGCUUGCAGCGACACCAGGCGUUGACCACAAGCGAAUCGCGGCCAUGGGCUAUUGCUUUGGAGGAAGAACUGUCUUGGACUUGGCGCGCCCAAACCUCAGCAGUGGACCGGCAGUCGAAUCCGAACAGGCCAUGGCCACGGGUGGUCCCAGCCCUGCUGCGGUGGAGUGGCUCUACCAUGCUAGCAGCUUCGCCUAUGCUGCGCCAUCACCCGUGCACGAGGCGCUGGUCGAAGCGACCUUCCGCCGCUGCCGCUACGACGCGCGGUGCGCCAGUGAGGCCUUCCAGGAGGUAGCAACCUCGGUGUCCGCAUAUGAGGAGAGCUUGUCCUGGUGGUGCCGCCGAUGCUGGGAGGACCGUCGCACGAAGGAGGCGGCCGAUGCCGUGAAGCGCCAGAAGAGCCCAAUGCAUCGCGCCUUCGCACUCUCCUCCUAUUGCCGUUUCGGCGCCACCGCCCGGCGCGCGGCCACCAGCGCCACCCGCGGCGUCCUGAGCUCGGGCGGCUCUGCCGAGCUGCUGCAGGGCUGGCAGCGCUGCCGCGUCGCACGUGCGCGCCCGCGGGAGGCGGCGGAGGCAGCGGUGCAUGGGGCGGAGCCGGCGCAGUCGCUGGAUGAAGGAUUGGAGCUGUGCUGUGGGGAUUUGCGAUGCAUGGAGAAGCUGAUGGAGUUGCAGCCGUCCUUGAAAGAAGGGAUGAAGCUGAAGACUUUUGAAGCAGAAUAG